CGACUAGCACACACUGCUGGCGGCAUCUAUUGACAAACAGCUGGAACUUAGUUGCGCACCAUAGUAAAUCAGUGAGAUAACGGUAUAUCACAUCACCUUAGCAAACAAUGCCGCAAAUAGAUAUGUAAAAACAUUUGCUUGACAGCUGACAGAAGCAUUUAAUUGUUUUGCAUUAACGGAUUGAAAAAGUGUACCGCUACUAUACAAGUUAAUGAGAUAAAAUUCAAUAAGAAGCGAUGAUUUUAGCUAAAAACUUGCAAAUAACUUCAAUAUUUUAGUAUGCCAAAACAAAACUGUACCUAUAUCACAUUUUAUUAUAAAACCUCGGCCAGCAAUGUUUUUGCGGUAGUAUGUAUCGAUGGCGGUACUUCUUAUAUGCUUUCGUUUUUUUAGUCGGUACUACAUCAUUCAAAAUCGUAUAAUCUCGUAAUAUUCUCUGAUUAGGAAUCAUAUUAUUGCACUUGCAAUUUUUUAACAAGAUCGUGCCAAUCACUUUAAAUUCUUCACAAUUUUGACAGCAAAACAGCAACUGAAAAUCUUAUUUUAACAAUUCAAAAUCACGUUCUCCUCAUUUUGGAAUUAAAACUCAGUUUUUGUGAUGAAAUGCAUUUUAAGUUGAAGCUAAAAUGGUGUUUAUUAUAAAAAAAAAUUUGAAUCGUUAAAAACUUUUAUUUAACUUCUCUAUGACUACGGGCUAAUAACUUCAUGCUCACCGCACUGCAGUUGCCCUCUUCCAAUCCAAGUGAGGUGGCGCAAAACAAUGGAUUGAUUGACUCGUCCUCUUCCGCGAAUUUCGUAGCGUCUUGUGCUACUUUGCAUUUAAAUGGAAAUGCACACGUUCCAGAAGAUAGCAGACACGAAUUUAGAGACCCGUUUGAUAGCAAACAUCUUAAAUUUGCGGAAGUUUCUGAAGGACAAAGUCCAUUCACAAGUGCUUCCGAAACACUUGAUAAAGAUUGUGUUUACCAAGAGUACCCGGAGCAAAUCGAAAAUUCAAAACUGAUAUCACUUACUAAAGAACAUGUAGUUCCGAAAUCUGAGCAGAAUAAAUGCGAAAUGGAACAAAACCAAAGGUUGAAAAUGGACGAUAUACAGGACCAGCCAAAUGAAGAAUCCCAGCUAUUUUGUCCACGACAGCCACUGGAAUUUAGAGACGACGCUGACAUUCAUCUUAAAAAAAUUGAUUAUCAGCAACACCCAUUUGCUCCAUGUGCAAUGAAUCGUUUCAGAAGGCGAGGAGAAAGAAUGUCCAAGAAUCAAAAAGAAAUGUAUGUUAAAUAUUUUGAAGAAAACCCGUGUAUGCUAUCUCAGCGACGAAACGAUUCGGUGUUGGAAGCCCAUUGGAGUAAGUUGGCGGCUAUUUUAAACAAUGUGCCGCAAGGAGCAGUUAAAAACGUGGAGGAAUGGAAACAAACCUUUGAUGCUUGGCGAUACCGAGUGUUUAUGUACUAUCGGUACAAUUACAAGCUUGCUGGAUCAGUAACCCACAAUGUAAAAAAUUUCAAGCCUCUUACUUCAACGGAUCAACGUGCGUAUUCCAUGUGGACGAGCUAUAAGAAUACGCCAUCUCCGCAAUCAGAUAAAGCUGAUACGUUCUGUAAAUCGGCAACUAUACAGGCGAGGUAUAACUAUUGAAGACAUAAGCAGUCGUAGUGGUUGCCAGCGUUUAUUUUUAUUUUAUUCACAAAGCCGUAAUCGUAAUGCCUAUAAUGUACCAUUAAAAAAUAAAAGUGUAUAUAAAAAUAAAUAUAAAGGUUUUAAUAAAAAAUCUAAGCAUCGUUAUAAAGAUUAA